UAUUUUUAUUUCAUUUUUACCCGUGUACCUCUCCCCGCCAAUCAUGGAAAAUGGACCAGUUUCUUGUUUACCAACAACCCCGAAAAUGUCGAAAGCGAAGAAAGUCAUCGAAGAAGCACUAGAAAAUCAAAAUCCAGAGUUGGAUUUAGCGGACAAGGGGGUAGUCUCCUUCGAGGAGAUGCCAGGACUCAUUGAUAUGCAUAAUAUUACUCGUAUUACAUUAAGUCACAAUAAAAUACAAAAAGUACCACCCGGAAUUGCAAAUUUAACACAGUUAGAGAUGUUAAAUUUAUUUAACAAUCAUAUUGAAGAAUUACCAGUUUCUCUUUCGUCCAUGCCAAAAUUACGUAUAUUAAAUGUUGGAAUGAAUCGUUUGGACUCAUUACCACGAGGUUUUGGAGCGUUUGCAGUUCUUGAAGUAUUGGAUUUAACAUAUAAUAAUUUAAGUGAAACCAGUUUGCCAGGAAAUUUUUUCAUGUUGGAAACUUUACGUGCAUUAUACUUGGGCGAUAAUGAUUUUGAGACUAUACCACCUGAAAUUGGACAGUUAAAAAAUCUACAGAUUCUUGUUUUACGAGAAAAUGAUUUAAUUGACAUACCAAAAGAGAUUGGUUAUCUACCCAGAUUACGUGAGUUACACAUUCAAGCUAAUCGACUUACAGUUUUACCACCAGAAUUGGGUAAUUUAGAUUUAUUUGGAAAUAAAUCUGUAUUGAGAAUGGAUUUUAAUCCUUGGGUUGCUCCAAUUGCUGACCAACUUCAAGUUGGAGUAUCUCAUGUAAUUGAUUAUAUAAGAUCGGAAACCUACAGAUAUCUUCACAAUCGGCAUAUUGCUGCUAGGGGUCCACCUCCGCCAAAACUCAAUGAUAAGACGCGUAAGAUUUCAAGGAAUCGUCAAUACAGCUAAAUUUUUAUGUAAAUUAAAAUGAUCAAAAUUAACUUAAAAUGUCAUGUAGUUUCCGAAAUCACGAGACAAUCGUCUAUACUAAAAUCAAUAACUAUAGGAUCAUAAGAACUACAUAAAUAAUGCAAUUUAAUGGAAAUUGUUUAAUAUACCAAUACUAAAAUGUACCUUAUUCUCGCACAAUUAUUUUUUUUAUUUAUGUCAUCCAAUUUUGUAUUGUCAACCUUUUUUUUGGUCCUUACCAGUUAUAGUAUGUAGGUGGUGAGUGAAAUCAUUUCGGAGCUUGUUCUUAACAUAAUAUAUAAUUAAUGAUCAAUGUUUGUUUUCUUUUUUUUACAAACUAACGAUAUUAUCUAAAUAUAUAUUUUUUUAUAAAUUAAAUAUAAUAUAAUUGUAGGAAGACUAAUAUUAAUUAUUUAACAAGAAAAGUUAUCCAUUAAUAUAUUUUUGAAAAAGUUUUAUAUUAUUAUUACAUUAUUUUUAUAUAAUUUAUUUUUAGAAUUUAACUAUGUUAAUGCUUAAUGUUAUUAUUAUUUUGAAAUAAAAUAGUUCAAAUUUAUUAACCA